CGAGAUAGUGACAUGAGGCUUAUGAAAAGACUGUUUGUUACUCAUCCUAGUCGCCGCAAGGACUCAAGACGAACAGGUACAGAAUGUGGUUGUUGCUUCUUCUCUGCCUGUUCAGCCUUGAACCCGGGCAAGGGGCGUUCAUUAAACAUGAACGAACGGGGAGGAUUGACCUGAGAGCGAGAAUGGGUCUAUUGGGAUUAGAUCAGGGAUUCUUGCCUGACUUCAAUCACCCUGACGUUAAUGAAAUCUGCCAGAAUCACUUCAACUUCUUCCUCCAAGACCUCACAUCCGAAAAUGCCUCCACCUGGUCCAUGCUCAUGGCGGAUGCAAGCGGAAAGAUCCCUGCAGGGUACCUCUAUGGAAAUGUGUAUUCCUUGGGGAAUUUCGAUGAAUGUCUCAAGGUCUCAGUGAAUUCCGAGGGUGGAUACGAAUUCCUUGGAAAGCAUUGCAUCGCCCAGAUUUUCUUCACAGGGAUGAAAGACAAGACUGAGGGCGCGCAAGGACAUCAAAUACUGACCACUGUGGGCCAACGAUGGACUGCUGUGGGCCCCCUCUCCGCCGGAGCAGCCGCCGCAGCCUCAGGAUUCGGCCAGGCUUCUCUCUUCGAGAUCGGACUCUGCAUCCCUAGCACCUGCUCCUCAUCGGAUCUUCGGGCGUCGCUGGACGAGACGGUGAAGAAUUACUCGUUGGUAUCCAAUAUUCUGAGCUGUGACGACGCCAGUCAUAAAGCGUUGAGCCCGGCUGAAAUCGGUGUAACGAUCAUGUUCGUGAUUAUCGGAUUGUAUUUGUUUGCCGGAACUGCACUGGACAUUUACCAGCGAAUGUCCGGCAAGAAGGAACUUCUAGGGAACAUAGAAAAGAUCCUGAUUGCCGGCUCAUUUCUCACCAAUGGGGAGAAGAUCCUUUCGACCAAGACCGGAAAGGACAAUAUCGGAUGCCUCAACGGAAUCAGGUUUCUGACUAUGACGUGGGUGGUGCUCGGGCAUGUUUACACCUUCAAGCUCAUGAGUAUUCCGGCUGUCAACCCAUUCGAUUUCCUCGAGGUAAUGAAGGAUUGGAAGUUCACAGCGAUCUCAAACGCCGUCGUGUCAGUAGACACGUUCUUCCUCCUCAGUGGCCUCCUGGUCGCCUACCUUCUCUUGAAAGAACUGGAGAGGAACAAGGGGAGAUUCAACAUCUUCCGCUUUUACUUCCAUCGAUAUCUCAGGUUGACGCCGGUCCUCGCCCUGCUCAUCGGGUUCACUACGGUCUACAUGAGUCGAUUAGGAUCUGGGCCUUACUAUUUCUAUGUAAACCAACUCAUGACGAAGCCCUGCGAAGACUACUGGUGGAGGAACCUCCUUUACAUCAACAACUUCUUUAAGCAAGAGGAAAUGUGUGCACUGCAUACGUGGUACAUGGCCAACGACAUGCAAAUGUACAUCAUCUCACCACUCUUCAUCUUUCCCCUCUUUUUGUGGCCUGUUUGGGGUGCUUGCCUGGCAGUUGUGGGUACAGCAUUGAGCGCCCUGGCUACAGUCUUGGUCAUGAAGCACUACGAUUUGCCUGGAACCAACACCGGCUACGAUUUCACGCAGUCAGAUACCAGAUAUUUUCAUAUAUUUAUUUAUGUNCUGGCAGUUGUGGGUACAGCAUUGAGCGCCCUGGCUACAGUCUUGGUCAUGAAGCACUACGAUUUGCCUGGAACCAACACCGGCUACGAUUUCACGCACCCCUUGCCCAACACGGAUAACUUUGACCUCUAUUAUGUGAAACCGUGGAUGCGACUAGGUCCCUAUCUUAUUGGAAUCCUCACUGGAUACCUUCUCCAUCGCAUGAAGAAGACAGGAUUUCGAUUCCCAAAAGGGACAGCAGCGUGGGGAUGGGCGAUGGCGACAGCGUGUAACCUCGCCGUACUCUACGGUAUCUACGGCUACAUGCCCCUGGAUUCUCCUCAGAUGCCUCGCGACCUUCAGCUCACCUACAACGCCCUCUUUCGAAUAGCCUGGGCCUGUGGAGUUGCCUGGGUCGUCCUCGCGUGCGCUGCUGGCAGCGGAGGUCCCAUUGAUGCGCUUUUGAGCUGGAAAGCCUUCAUUCCCAUGGGACGGCUGACCUAUUCUGCCUAUUUGACUCACGUUUACAUCCUGCCAUGGUUCUGGUGGAGUACCAAGACCUCAGGGAAUCGAAGCCAGCUACAGCCAACCAGAACGGAGCAGAGACAGUCCAUNCCUUACUAUUUCUAUGUAAACCAACUCAUGACGAAGCCCUGCGAAGACUACUGGUGGAGGAACCUCCUUUACAUCAACAACUUCUUUAAGCAAGAGGAAAUGUGUGCACUGCAUACGUGGUACAUGGCCAACGACAUGCAAAUGUACAUCAUCUCACCACUCUUCAUCUUUCCCCUCUUUUUGUGGCCUGUUUGGGGUGCUUGCCUGGCAGUUGUGGGUACAGCAUUGAGCGCCCUGGCUACAGUCUUGGUCAUGAAGCACUACGAUUUGCCUGGAACCAACACCGGCUACGAUUUCACGCACCCCUUGCCCAACACGGAUAACUUUGACCUCUAUUAUGUGAAACCGUGGAUGCGACUAGGUCCCUAUCUUAUUGGAAUCCUCACAGGAUACCUUCUCCAUCGCAUGAAGAAGACAGGAUUUCGAUUCCCAAAAGGGACAGCAGCGUGGGGAUGGGCGAUGGCGACAGCGUGUAACCUCGCCGUACUCUACGGUAUCUACGGCUACAUGCCCCUGGAUUCUCCUCAGAUGCCUCGCGACCUUCAGCUCACCUACAACGCCCUCUUUCGAAUAGCCUGGGCCUGUGGAGUUGCCUGGGUCAUCCUCGCGUGCGCUGCUGGCAGCGGAGGUCCCAUUGAUGCGCUUUUGAGCGGGAAAGCCUUCAUUCCCUUGGGACGGCUGACCUAUUCUGCCUAUUUGACUCACGUUUACAUCCUGCCCUGGUUCUGGUGGAGUACCAAGACCUCAGUGAUCGAUUUCCUGGCCACGGUUAUCAUCAUCCAUGCAAUCGCUUUCAUUCUGACUCUGAUCGGAGAAUCCCCAAUCCUCGUCCUUGAGAAGACUUUCCUCUUCCCAGGGGAAUCGAAGCCAACUACAGCCAACCAGAACGGAGCAGAGACAGUCCAUGAAAACGGAGUCUAUAAUGGAAUCGGGAAAGAGGAGAUUCACGAAAAGGGUCUCACCAAGGAUGGAGUGGUAAACCAGGGAUACGAGGAUGAGGAUCGUGGGAAGACUAACGUAAUCCCGUCCUGAUGACCCAGCAGUGCAAUCAGUUGUAUUUCUUAUCAAAAUAAAUAUUUAAAAAUCAUGGAAUAUUUGUAUCCAAGCCAUCUUUUGUUCAGGUUUCUAUUCGAAUAAAUCUGAUCGUCUUUAGCGAUUCUAAAA